CUGGGCGUCAUGUCGCGCAUCUAUGUCGUCUCUCUUCCCCACCGCGCAGACAGGCGGGUGCAGAUGGACCAGCUGGAGCGCGCACUCGGCCUGAACUGGACCUAUGUGGACGCCAUCGACGCAGACGACCCGCUUAUCGCGAACGUCAUGGACCAGGUACGCACCCUGCGCAACAACGUCCCCACCUUCAGCUGGCCCGAAAACAUCGACUCGCAAGCCAGCUCGGACGCCCUGUUGGAACCCGCCGGCUCUGACAUCUGGACUCUCUCUGCUCUCUUCGGGCCUCUCGAACCCUAUUUCCCCGGCGAAACGCCCGAACGAUUCUCGCCCUCGGCGCGCCUGCAAGACCCGACCCGCCAACCGUCCGACCCGCCCCCAGACCUCGCCUGCACCGCGGACAACGACCUGCUCGCGCCCCUCGCGCCAGAGCACCCCGCGCACAUGCUGCUCACGCCCGCCCGGAUCGCAUGCUGGCACUCGCACCUCCAAGUCAUCCGCGCGAUCGCGAAUGGCAACGACGACGGCCCCGCGCUCGUCCUCGAGGACGACAUCGACAUGGAAUGGGACACCCAAGCCCGCCUCGCCGCCCUCUGGAGCGCGCUCCCCGCCGCCUGGGACAUCGUCUACCUAGGACACUGCUGGUCGGACGAAACGCAGCUCCCCGCCCUCCGCCGGGGCCCCUCCGCCUCCCUGCACCCCUCCGCCGCGCCCAAGUGCACGCACGCGUACGCGCUCUCGCGCCGCGGCGCGCGGCGCGCGCUGCUCCACCUGCGGCACCCGCCGUUCGCCUACUCGCGCGCGAUCGACCAGGCGCUCGCGUGGCUCGUGCGCAGCGGCCGGCUGCGCGCGUUCAGCGUCGUGCCGCCGGUCGUCGUCCAGCGCAAGGACUCGAGCAGCGACGUCAUGCCCGGCCGCGGGAGCGAGUGGCGGCAGGGGCUGGACAACGGG